AGGGCCGGCCAUGGCACGGAUCCACCUGAUUGGCUCUCAUCCGCGUGUACAUAAAGGCUGACCCCCCCUGCGCGCGCUCCUGCCCCGUUCUGUGCCACCGUCAGUGCGUCCGGCCACAAGCUGCGCAUCACCGAUCGGCGCUCGAUUGGUUCCGUCUGGAGAAACCAUGGCAGACCGAGAGGAUAAUGUUACCGUCCCUGAGUUCAACUCUCUUCUCCAAAUGGAUCCCUACCUAAAGCCGUUCGAGAAGGACUUCAGAAGGAGGUAUGAGCUGCUGCAAAAGGAGCUUUUCCAGCUGGAAGAGGCAGAGGGAGGUUUCGACCAGUUCACGCGCAGCUACAAGACCUUCGGUGUGCAGCGAUUGCCUGACAACAGCCUGUUCUUCAAAGAGUGGGCUCCGGCUGCAGAGGCCCUCUUUCUGACUGGUGACUUCAAUGGAUGGGACAAAUUUUCCCAUAGGUUCACCCCAAAAGAAUACGGCAAGUGGGAACUGGUUCUGCCCCCCAAGGAUGACAAGUCUCCAGCUGUGGAUCAUAACACCAAACUCAAGGUGGUAGUUCACACCAAAGACGGGCAGCGACUGUACCGGAUUUCGCCCUGGGCAAAAUAUGUCACCAGGGAGGAGAAGUCUGUUAUAUACGAUUGGGUUCACUGGGAUCCUCCACAUCCUUACAACCAUGUUCACCCUCGGCCACAGAAACCUAGAAGCCUCCGAAUAUACGAGGCUCAUGUGGGCAUCGCUUCACCUGAGGGAAAGAUUGCCUCAUACACCAACUUCACAACCAAUGUACUGCCUCGUAUAAAAGACUUGGGUUACAACUGUAUUCAGCUGAUGGCUAUUAUGGAACAUGCCUACUAUGCAAGCUUUGGAUAUCAGAUUACAAGUUUCUUUGCCGCCUCCAGUCGUUACGGGACCCCAGAAGAGCUGAAGGAGCUGAUAGACGUGGCUCAUUCAAUGGGGAUCAUGGUGUUGCUGGAUGUGGUCCACAGUCACGCCUCCAAGAACACGGAGGAUGGACUGAACUCCUUUGACGGCUCUGACUCCUGCUUCUUCCACUCUCCACCGAGGGGGGAGCACUCACUUUGGGACAGCCGCCUCUUCAACUACUCCAGCUGGGAAGUGCUUCGGUUCCUUCUGUCAAACCUACGCUGGUGGAUGGAGGAGUAUCGCUUUGACGGCUUCAGGUUCGACGGCGUCACCUCUAUGCUGUACCAUCACCAUGGCAUCGGCACCGGCUUCUCUGGAGACUACAGCGAGUACUUUGGCCUACAGGUGGAUGAAGAGUCUUUGGUUUACCUGAUGCUUGCCAAUCACAUUCUCCAUACCCUUUAUCCCGACUGCAUCACCGUUGCAGAGGAUGUGUCAGGGAUGCCCGCUCUGUGCAGAGGAGUGGAAGAGGGGGGGCUUGGAUUUGAUUACCGCCUGGCUAUGGCCAUUCCCGACAAGUGGAUUCAGAUCCUGAAGGAGUUCAAGGAUGAGGACUGGAACAUUGGCAAUAUCGUCCACACGCUGACCAAUCGGCGGUAUGGAGAAAAAUGUAUAGCCUAUGCAGAAAGUCACGACCAGGCUUUGGUCGGGGAUAAGACUCUGGCCUUCUGGCUGAUGGAUAAGGAGAUGUACACAAACAUGAGCUCCCUGGUUCCCAUGACGUCCAUCAUAGACCGCGGUAUCCAGCUUCAUAAGAUGAUCCGCCUCCUUACUCACGGUCUGGGCGGGGAAGGAUACCUCAACUUCAUAGGGAACGAGUUCGGCCAUCCCGAGUGGCUGGAUUUCCCCAGAGAAGGCAACAAUCAGAGUUACCACUACGCCCGACGGCAGUUUAACCUGGUAGAUAUGGAUCACCUCCGCUACUGUCAGCUCUACGCCUUUGACCGGGACAUGAACCGUACUGAAGACAAGUACGGCUGGCUGGCUGCUCCACCAGCCUUUGUCAGUGCCAAGCAUGAAGAGGACAAGGUCAUUGUGUUUGACAGGGCAAAUGUGGUCUUUAUCUUCAACUUCCACCCGAGUAAGAGCUUCCAGGACUACAGGAUAGCUGUGGAAGUUCCAGGAAAAUACAAAAUCAAGCUGGAUUCAGAUGAGGUUCUGUAUGGAGGUCAUGGACGACUGGACCACAAUACCGAGUUCUUCACAGAGCGUCAACCCUUCAACGGACGCUCCAACUCCAUGAGGGUUUACAUCCCCUGCAGAACAGCUAUUGUCUUGGCCAACGAGGAGAUAGAUUACUGUUAUUAGAGGAUGAUUGUCUCCAGCGCGACCAGGAUUGAGAAUGGAUUCCAACCUCAAACUGAGUGUUAACAAUCACCUUCUUAAAGUGUCAGCCUUGCACACCAUCCAAACCCACUUUUUUUUUGUUUGAGUUAGUUUUUGUUUUUGUUUUUUUUGGGGGGUUUUUUGUUUUUUUUUUCUAAAUGGGGAAAAAAAUGCAUUGUGAGCUCCUGUGCUUUCAAACACCAUCUGCAACCUUAGAUGCUGUGUAACCCCAUUUACUACAGAUUGGGCCAUUUGGGAAGCGGCCAACCUAACCAGCAGCUAGAUGCUAAAACUCAAAACCCCGCCGAGUCCAUCCACCUCUAGCCAGCAGCCAUUUAUAAGCUCUGCUGAAUUUGGCGUGUCAUCUGAAACACAAGACCUGUGACUGUGAAACAGGGAAGCAAUACAGCAACCAUCCACUUUUUUUUUUUUUUCACACAUGAUGAGAAAAAAAAAGAAGAACAGGUUUGAAUGUUAUGCAAGUUGGAGUACAGUAUUAAUUAUUUUGUGUUAAUAUACUAAUUUUGAGAUUUACAAGUACUUGAAAAUCAAAAACGUCCAGGUAUUUAAUCACUGGUAUUCCAUUUUGUGAGACAUUGUAAGUGUAAAAACACUGUAAUUUGCACAAGGUAACAAGCUUCUUUGAAUUAUUAUACUUUUAAUGGGUCCCUAAAACAGUUUGUUAUAAUAUUUGGAUUUGUGCAGCUACUGGGAGCAUUUAGGGGUUAUUUACAGCCUAGUUAUUAAGCCAGUAAUUUGCAGCUAAAGCAAAGUGAUAAAAUCACCUAAUUUGGACUGUUCACAGCAUUUUGCAUAAUGCACAACAUACAAGUAACAUUUCUGGCCUCAUUCAACACUGGAAAAUAAACGCAAACCUUUCUCAUACAGUACAUUGGCUGGAUUUAUCUAAAUUCAACUUAUAGAGUUCGAUACUGAUGAUUGACACGUCAUUAUGUGUGGGAGAAGACAAGACGUUUUACAGGCAUGACUCACACUUGACUACUUUAAGACACAAUGAUUUAUGCGCACCAUGUUCAUUAGGUAGUGUAGGAUUCCCUCGGGAAGAUUCAGGGAAGAAAAAAAAAAAAAAACAGCCUAAAUUCACAAGGAGAACGAUGUGUGCCUCUUCCAAUUAGCUGUGGUUUUUGUGACUUUUGUCUCCUCACGUCACCUGAUGAUUCAACACCUCAACAACUCUUCUCCACUGUUCUCCCAUAGUCGUUCUAUAACAAGGUUAUUGAUUAAGUUCAAUGAGGAAGUAUAGAAAAACAUCACUGACGAUCUGUGGCUGUUUUUGUGUGAAUUCACUCACUCAGGCAAAAUGUGCGAGUCAUUAAAAAGAGUCUUUCAUGUGACAGGUUUUAUCUUUGUGGGUUAUGUUUUACAAAUAACUGUAAUGACUGAAAAACAAUCCACUCUCUAUGUGCUCUUGGUUUCCACCCUCCUUGUUGCCAAAUAAAUGGAUGUCUUUUGGACUAUU